AUGGCACCACAAAACGAAUAUAUUGAGUUACACCGUAAGCGCUAUGGAUAUCGUUUGGAUUACCACGAGAAAAAGAGAAAGAAGGAAGGUCGAGAAGCUCACGAACGUUCAAAGAAGGCAAAAAAGAUGAUUGGUCUGAAAGCUAAGCUGUACCAUAAACAGCGCCAUGCUGAGAAAAUCCAAAUGAAAAAGACUAUCAAGAUGCAUGAAAAGAGAAACACCAAACAAAAGAAUGAUGAAAAGACUCCACAAGGAGCAGUACCUGCGUAUCUGCUGGAUAGAGAGGGACAGUCCAGAGCUAAAGUACUUUCCAAUAUGAUUAAACAAAAACGAAAAGAGAAAGCGGGGAAAUGGGAAGUCCCUCUGCCCAAAGUCCGUGCUCAGGGAGAAACAGAAGUAUUAAAAGUUAUUCGAACAGGAAAGAGAAAGAAGAAAGCAUGGAAGAGGAUGGUUACUAAAGUCUGCUUUGUUGGAGAUGGUUUUACUCGAAAACCACCUAAGUAUGAAAGAUUCAUUAGGCCAAUGGGCUUACGUUUCAAGAAGGCCCAUGUAACACAUCCUGAACUGAAAGCCACCUUUUGCCUGCCAAUACUUGGUGUAAAGAAGAAUCCCUCGUCCCCGCUAUAUACAACUUUGGGUGUUAUUACCAAAGGUACUGUCAUUGAAGUGAAUGUGAGCGAGUUGGGCCUUGUGACACAAGGAGGCAAGGUUAUUUGGGGAAAAUAUGCCCAGGUUACCAACAAUCCUGAAAAUGAUGGAUGCAUAAAUGCAGUCUUACUGGUUUGACAGCAGUUUCCUAGAAGUAACUCCUUAUAGUUAUUGAAGACUACACACCAAUCAGGAAAACCACCAUUACUGUGAUGUUUCUGAAUGCUACCAAACAGCCUUACAUGUCUGCAGUCAUCAAGAGAACUAUUUAAUCUAUUGUAAAAAACAUUAAAAUGGCCCAGUUGUACAAA